AUGGACCUGCCUCUGGGUCCUGUGGAUGAUGAGAAAGCCGAUCCAACCUGGGACGCCGACGGGAGUCACUGGUCGACGAGUUCCGACGACGAGGAGGAGUCGGUGACGGCGUUUGACGAUCUCCCUCGUGUGUCUGGCACUGGUUCAUUAGCGACGGCGACCCAUGUCCGAGUUGAGUUGUCGAAUCGGCCACACCUCGCAUUAUUUAAUAAAGCUGCUGGUGCGCCAAAGAUGGAAGCCCGGGGCAAUAUAAAACAUGAGCCGCUUGAACCAGCUCGGGCGCAGAGUAGUGAUUCUGAUGACAGCUCGUUGGCGUCUAUUCCUGCCAUAGCUCGCCUCAAGGAAACGCCUGUUCCGCUACCACCUACAGUUGCGGCAGCUGGUCAGUUGCCAGCAUCUGUUUCCAGUCAACCACGACUAGCGGGUGUCCCAUCUACUACACCUCGUGCACCUCCAGCGCCUCGUGCAUCGGGACCUGCCUCUACACCUACGCCAGUUCCGCUUCCACCAACCGUGAUGCAAAACGUCUCCGCGCCCCAGGUUUCUGGGCAAACGCCAUCCCGCUCUGCUCCCGCUACCAGCCUGCCGGAUUCGAGAAAGCCAGCCGCAACUUCUAGCACACCAAGCAGCGGACUAGGAGGAUCGCUCCAUCUUCCUCUCACAAACGAAAAGAUUGAACCGACUUUGCCACAUGGAGCACAUAGUACAGCUACGCCUCGCAAAAGAUACCCCGUGCCAAUGGAGAUUGCCGCGGAUGGCAGGCCAUACACUGUCUUUGUUCAACCUAGUGGGAAAUCGGUGCCAACGAAAGGAGUCUUGAUCCCAGCUGGGUAUAAAUUGCAUAGUGACCCUCAGCUUCCGUUUAUCUGCCCUGUUAGAGGAUGCCAGCGCAGGUUCAAGAACCUAGCUGCGCUAUCCGGCCAUUUUGGUUCGUCCCACAGCAAUAUGACGUUCAACGACAAUGGAGAUGGAAGCAUAUCGAAAUUUGGUAAUUACAAGAAUCCCUCAGGAAGGUCGCCAGGCAUUGUUGUAGCACAGGUUCCAUUUCCCCGUGCAACCCAUCCGGCUCUUAAACGGGGUCUUGGCGAAGACGAUGCUGGGCCGAGUAAACACCAAUUAGAGGAGUCGGAUGAGGGUCAGGAUAGGAAACGACGUGCCAUGUCAGAGGAUCGUGAACACAAUCAAACUACUCAGUUUGAAAGGGAUGUCUCCAAAUACAUGGCGGCAGUUCAUUCUGGUUUCAGGACGGCUAACCGACGCGAUAUAUCAAGGAUGCUCGCGCUGCCUCGAAAAAGAGAUUUGCCCAAGGAGUUUUUAGACAAACACACAUACACAGAUCUGGCUGCUCAAACAUAUGCCUGCGCGGUAGCUUAUAUCGUUGGGGAUGAAGUUUCCGGCCGGUCGGCUUGUCACGCGGCUACAGGGCCUCUCGCAUGUUUAUCGAAACAAUGCAUCGUAUUACCCAAGUCGAUACAGUUGGACCCGGAGAUAGUCAGGAUCUUCACUCCCCACCACAGAUGCGUUGGAUGUGCAUAUUUGGCCCUCAUGACAAGUGCACCAGAUCGAUGUGAGCUGAGGACAGAACCAAGCAAGGCAGGCAGUGGCGACAAAGUAGUACCGACGUCGUCGGGACGACCACUACCCGAUGUGCCUACUCUGCGGUCAUCACAACCAGCACCACAGCAAGAACAACAAUCCUCGCCGAUGCCGUCUGGACAGGGUACAGAGCAGACUCCCGGCCGACGGCCUGUGAGGCAAAGUGUCCUUAACCGACUGCAGAUGGACAAGGAUCGGGCGGCGCGGCCCAAAAGCAAAUCGCCAACCGAGCAGCCUGGAACACAGCUUAACCAUACAGACAAGGAUCAGGUGGCUCGGUCCCAAAGCAAAUCGCCAACUGAGCGGCAUAGUAGUACACGGCUGGAACGCGGGAUACCACCCAUCAAGCACCACGGACAAUUUGGCACACCAGAAUAUGAAAUGGAAGACUGGGAAAUUGCACCUGGUCGAGUUACAACCGAGGACGCUUCUCGAAAUAUAGCAUACUCUGGUGCCUUUCUCACUUCGUCUACGCCCAUUACAAUAUCACAUGAUAUUGACUUCAAUAUCCUCACGAUACGGCCGGGACAAAUCUAUAACGUCCCUGUACAAAAGGGCAAGAUUCAAGUUUUCUCUGUGGCGUCGGGGAAGCUCAAGGUCACAACGGGCGGCAAAGUGGUACAGUUGGGUCCCAACGGGGCGUUCCCCGUGCGGCCAGGCGAAAAAUGCAUUAUUGAGAAUCGGAUAUACUUUGAGGCCGUGGUUCAUUGCACGACGGUAAAGGAUUACGAGUUGGCGUAA